AUGUUUAUGGAAUCACGCCUUUUUAAAUGUAAAAUACAACUUAUCGUCCUUGCUGUACUAUAUUUGUCAGAAGUUCCUGCACUUGGCAUGUGGAAGACCACGAAUAGGAACGGUUUAGGGAGUUUUCAGCAUCAUUUAUGGAGAACUUCGCAUAUCAGACCUCAACAAGCAUUUGUAUAUAGACAUUUAAAUGGAAGUUUCAGUAUUCAAACCAUGGUUUCCAGGGAUUCGAAGCAAAUCCAUAAAAACCUAAUUCCUUCUCGAAAAACAAUAAAAUUAUAUUCAGUAGGAUCAAAAACUAAUAAUUUAGGUGUAAAAGAUAAUAAAUCCGCCUCGAAAAAUAGAUUAUUUUCCAGCAACACAUUAUUCAAUAGACUAUCGCCAAAAAAUGUGUUCAGAACUUAUUCAAAUACAUCUUUGGAAACCAAGAGUGAUUCAACUCUUGAGUACGAACUUGAUACUUUACAUUAUCAAGAUUUAAAAUUUAACACGGUUUUGAAGAAAGCCGAGAAAAUAAUCUUUGAAAACUUGAAUGACAAGGACUUGAAAAAUCAGUUAUCUGCCUUAAACUCCAUAAAUAUGUUUGUAAGUUCCUGUAAUUUCGUAGACCGUUUCAUAAAAGGAGGUCUUUUAUCAACUCUUCUAGGUGUGCUUGAGAAACCUUACCAGAAGAAUAUAUGGAAGUUAGUUAAUACAUACAUUUGGCCAAACAAGCCUUUACAAACGCCAGAACUACUUUCAAUUCAGGAGCUGGUACUAAAAAUUCUUAUUUCUUUGUCUAAAAUUUCUGACAAACUCAGGAACGAGAUGGCUAAGAACGAGUCACUCAAGAAGACCCUCCUGAAAAUAUACUGCAUAUACAACCAACUUCAACCUCAGGAUUCUGGAAAGGAUUCUAAGGACGUUUCAGAAAAAAAGUCUGAAUCAGAGUUUAAGAGUUUAAUAGACGAGCUUUUCUUGUCCCUAGGCUACAAGGUAGAUGAGAAGAUUACACUAGUGCCCCCGAAAGCGAAGGAACCUGAUUCCAAGGACGAGAGCUGGACUUGGGAAAAAAUGUUUUCGUUCUCCUCUAGUGAGGAUAACGGCUCAAACAUAUCAAUUGAAAACUACUUAAUACCAGUUAAACACACAAAAAAAGUUGAUAAACGAGAUAAAAAGUCACAACUAUUUUGGAUUCCCUACUACUAUACUUCAUUGGACUCAAAAGAGCCUCUUUUUAGAAAUUUGAGGAUUAAUUUAGGUCGUUUAGAUAACAUUUCAGGUUUGGAGGAUUUGGCUAAAUUUACCCUCAAAUCUUCUAAAAUCUCAUCCAAAACGCCAUAUCAGCUGGGACUACUAGCAGUUAACAUUUCAACUGCUGAUACUUCCACGGUUGGAGGAGAUGAGGUCAAAAUGGAUAUAAUGUGUAAUAUAAACAUGGAGCCACACCACGAAUUAAGUUUGGGUACUGUAGCAACUAGGCUUUUGGACAUCAUGAAGGUCACAACUGACUUCAGGGUUCUGAAUGAUAUAUUCACAGAGUUAUGGGCCCUAUUGGCCAUUAAGUCUGACGAGGUAAUGGAUACUCUUGACGGAGCAUUGGAUCUUGAUUUGCUGGCUGACAUUGUAAAUUACUCCUGUUUUGAGUUUGAUUCUGAAAAUGUAUUAACCACGCCUUAUCUUCCAACUAGUUUAAACAGUAAAAUUGGAACGACCGCGAAGGUUUCAACCAUUUUCGACAGACUAACAAACUUGAAAAACAUGGUCAAGGACCACUUUGUCAACUCUCCAAAGGGAUCAAUCGCAAACAUGCUGUACAGCUUUGUAUAUCCAACAACCCCUGAAUCUAACAAGAUAAGUGUGGAUUUGGACGACAUUAAUACUAGAAUAGAUCGUAGUAAAAGUGAAAGAAUAGAAAGAUUUAGUAAAAAUGACCCUGAAGACGCCAAGGUACUACAAAUGACGCUUUUUGGUUUCUUGGUAGAUUUGAUCUAUUUGGAUGGAAAUCGGAGUUUUACCAAGAUUAGAGAUCACCAAAGGCUUAUAGAUUCGGUAAAACGGGUCAGAAGCAGUGUUAAAUCCCCUAUAAAAUUGGAAAAUAUAAGUGAAGAUGAAAAACAUAAAUACAGACCUUUGGUAGACAAACGGUUGGUUCUGAAAACUAUAGCUACAAACGUAGCAAAUCAGGAUAAUCUAAAUGUAGAUUAUUCUCUGUUUAAUACAUACAAAGGUUUGACCAUGAAUGGGAUUGACUUUUUGGACAUAAGAAUGAGUUCCUGGAAGACUCAAAAGCACUGCCUGAAUGAAGAUUUAGGAAGAAUUUUUAAUUCAAACAAGUUACUAAAUAUUCUAGGCUACCAUGAGCAGAAAAAAUUCGAAAACAGAGGGGUUAGAAUCCUUUCAAUAGACGGAGGAGGUUCUAAAGGAGUAGUAGCUCUUGAAAUUCUGGACCAACUCAACAAACAUCUAGAAAGACCACUACACGAAUGCUUUGACAUAAUUUGUGGCACUUCAACUGGAGGUCUUUUGGCAUCACUGUUAGCAUUAGAGAAAAUGGAUGUUUCACAAAUCCAGAAACUCUACGACUCCAUGAUCAAAAGCAUUUUCGUCCGUGAUUAUUACCAUAUCACUGGGACAAGGUUACUAAUGAAGCAUGCAAUUUAUGACGAUACUGUUUUCAAGGAUAUUCUAAAAACUUCUUUGGAGGAGAUUGAGCUUAUAGAUUACUCAGUUGACUCUACCUGUCCCAAGUUUUUCUGUGUAUCGACCCAGAUGGAUGUUACACCCUUGAGGCCAAUAAUAUGGCGCAACUACAACUACCACAAGGACAUUUACUCCCUGGGUUCUAAGGAUCAUUCAAUUGAAGAGCUCAACAAGUUAAUUGACAUCAACGGCGGCAGUUGUACAAUAAGGUUAAGGGACGCGAUAAAGGCUACAACCUCAGCUUUGGGUUAUUUCCCCCUAUUUGAGCGAAAUGGACAUCUUUAUGGUGACGGAGCUUUGUACUGCAACAAUCCCUCUGUAGUUGCACUCAUCGAGUCUAAAUUACUUUACCCUGACACUCCUGUUGAACUGCUGGUUAGCAUUGGUAAUGGCUUGUCUCAAGUUAGUCCCAACGGGGCUAGUGAUAACGGCAGUGGUCAAAGUGAGGAGACUACCAACUUGGUAAAAAUGUACGAAAAUUGCAUGGAUCACGGAACCACUAAUACCAUCAACACCAAGAAGGAGAAUAAAAACCUUAGUCUUGACCAGUUAAUUACUCACUUAACUUAUGCCGUCACUACUUCUGAGAUGACCCAUUCAGCUCUAGAAUUUACCAUGCCAAGAGAUGUCUACUAUAGGUUCACCCCCCUCAUUUCAAAUGUCAAAAUAGACGAGACUAACCCCAAUAUUCUAAACAAGAUAAAGGCUCAGACCAAGCAAUAUUUAAAACAAUCUCACAUACUGGAUAAGUUCAACUCUAUCAAACAACUUAUUAAUAAUACCUAG